AUGCAACAAACAAAGUCUGAAUAUUCUCCAGACCUGGUCAAGGAAACCUGCAUCAGUGUGGAACUUCCAAACAGGGAAGCUGAUCAUCAUAACGAAAAUGUUGCUUUGUCUGGAAGCAGCAGUCCAGAAGAUGUCUCCAGCUGCUGUGAAACACAGGCAGUAUCAGUUUGUAUGGAGGACACUGCCAUGCCUCCAGACGACUACAUUCAAAGACAGGGCUAUACAGAGCCUUCAGUUCUGAAGCUUCCUGUGGAGGAGUCCAUUGGGAGUCACCACACACCCUUCCAGUUUGACCGGCAUGCUCUGGCCAGAAUUUCCACUUCCCCAACUUUAAGACGUCUAAGGAUGACCUCUGCUUCACAAGCACUGUCACUCCAGGACUGUUCUGACACAGCUCAGCUAGGGAAUUUAAAGGAAUACAACAGCUCUCUCCACCACAUUUGCAAGAGUCCACCUCGGUGUACUACAACUUCCUCAUUGUUGUUGCCUUCUUGUGUUCAUGCAAAAUUACUGUCUUCCAAAGCCAAGCCUGAAACAACUAGUGCAAACUCAGUAUCUGCCAGCCCCAGAUCAAACCUGCCAAGCCAAAAAGGUCCUCUCAGCAAUGGCAAUAUCAGUGAGAGACUCCAAAACUCUCAAAGAGCCAACUGUGCUACCCUGACUAGGAGAAUCCCUAGUCUCACCCCUGCACCACAGGAGGAUGUCCAGCAUCUGGAUUGUAUAAUACCUCAGCUGCCCAAGACAUUACAUUGUGGCAUCACUGAAGGUUUCAGAAACACCUUAAUACAAGUGUUACCAACUCUUAAAACUUGCACUCGCUUCCCUCAUAAAGAAGUGAUCUGCCUGCACUGCUACUUAGCUACUGACCAUUUGAAUGGAGUCUUCAUGCAUCAGUCAGUUGAAGACAAUAAAAAAGGCAGCUGUAGACACCAGUCACUUUGCAGCAGUGCACUAACAAAAUUAAUUAGACAAGAAGGGCGCAGGCGUAGCUCUGUGGUAGUGAGUCUGCCGGGACUCGAGGUGUUCCCUGGAGACCUCCUGGUGUCAGACACUGCAAUGGAUUACCUGCCCCACGCCGCCCUCUUCCUAAGUGCAGAGUCCAAAAAAACAAGGUGGCCAUUUGCCAAAAGAGGAGUUGGUAAAGACAAACAGAAGCAAGUAUCUGAUCUGGAAAACUGUCUUUCAACUCUUAAGAUCAUAGACUGCAGCACGUAUGAAUUUUUCUGCUUUAAGAGUAAAUCUUGGCAUGAAUUUAUGAAGGCGCAACAGACAGAGCAGAAAGAUGUCGACAGCCGGUUCGAAGUGAAAAAAGAAGCAGCAGUGUGGGAACUUUUCACAAGCGAAUGCACCUACUUUCUGGAUCAUUUGCUGGUCCUCAAAAUGGUAUUUAUGAACACUCUAAAAUACCUCCAGAGUAAUGAACUUCUCUUGGAUGUGGAUUUAUGGAGACUUUUUGCAAACUUAGAAGAGUUAAACAAGAUAAGUCUCAGUUUUCUGGAAACUUUUUUUGAAGCCGUGAAGGAGCAUGUCAGAAAGUCAAACACUCCAAUGGAUUUCAGCUCCAUACUCGGAAAGUUUUUCCAGGGUGACCUCUGCCAGGCACAUCAGAUUUAUUGCCUUAAUUAUACCUCCGCUGUCUUCUACUUGGAAAACCUGAGACAGAGAGAAGAUUUUGGCAUCUACCUGAAAUGGUGUGAACAAAAUGAGCAGUGCAAGAGACUGCAUCUGUCAGAGCUGCUGGUCGCUCCUUUGCAUCGACUGAUGCGCUAUCCCCUCCUCCUCAACAACAUCUGGAAGAGGAGCACUGAUGAAACAGAGAAAGGCUUUAUCCAGUCACUUAAAGAGAAGGUGGAAAAGUCCAUACGUGAUCUGGAAGGUAAAGUCAAGUGGCUGGACAACUUUCAGAAGUUCAGGCAGCUGCAAGAGGUCAUAAUUUGGCCUCAGGUCUGGGAUCGUGACAAGAGAUUCUUUGUCCCAGAGUGUUUGAAGCAAAGCCUAAGGGAAAACAGCAGUGAAAACAUUUUGUGUUCAACGAACAGACUUCUCCUUCAUGAAGGGAGGCUAACACUAGCAGAAAGCACAAGACUCCUUGACAUCUACCUCUUCCUGUUCAACGAUUUCCUAUUAAUUACCAAAAUUAAACGUCACAGAAAGAAAUAUGGGAGCUCAGACACCAGUUUAAUGCCUGCCUGUCCUUCCCUAACUCCUGAGCUGCAGUCCUUCAUCAGAGAGGGUGGAUUUUGCACUGUCUUAGACCAGCCCAUCCCACUAGACAGACUGAUACUGAAAAACGUUGACCCCAUCCAUGUUACAGUCUUCAGCCUGCGCAAUGCUUUCCUAAUACAGCAUGAAAAUAGGUACCGUCAGUGCAUAGCAGUCUUCUUGCUACAGGCUCAGACAGAGGCUGCUAAAAAAACAUGGAUGUCCCAGAUAGAAACAGCAAUCUCCAAUUACUCUGUGCAACAUGAAAUCAAGAAAAGCACCGCUUUCUGCCUCCCAGCUGAAUCCUCUGGAAUUCAAUAAUGUCAGCACAGCACUGACAGAGGCAAUGGAAGACUAUUGUGGUGAUAACACACUUAUAUCUUCCGGGAUGCCUUAAGUUUCUGAAGCUAAUAGAUUUCUGACUCGACUAGGCAAGUGUAAGGAGUGAAUGCAGAAUGCAGGGAUAAACUGAAGGGGGCAAUGUGCCUUGCAGUAAGUGUAUCACUCUUAGAGGCUCCUUUGCUUCGACUAGGGUAAAGCUCUUGCCAUCCAGGGGAGCUCUGAUACAGAUUGUCGUUUCCUAGAAAGCAGGACAGUGGAAACACCUAUGUUGGUGAGGAGAAUACCUUCACGAGAAAA